AGUGACCAUACGCAAAGUGUAUUAGGUAAUACAACCCAAUACAUCAGGCAGGCGUCUUCUAGGAUGAGGGGAGGUGCAGCUUGGUCUGCUGCCAGUGAUCUAGCUAUUAGUAUCUGUUCGUACGCAAGCGCAUAACAAUGCUUUCCUCGAUAGCAAUGCUGUGAGUUAGUGAGCUGCUUUUGCUCGGCAGAUAGGUGGUCUCGUCCACCUAGGAUUCCUUUUGAGUCCUCUCAAGUGGAUUGGGCAGAAGCGUCAGUAGCUCAAGAAGCUGUUCACUGAAGGACUCCGCCGUCAUCCUGCCAGCUGCAGUUGCCUUCCUUCGGGGGAGGAAGCCUGUUGAGGCACCCUGAGCAGUCUUAAUGUGUUCUCCUUUUCGUAGCUGAGGUCCGAAAUGUCAUCCAUCUUGCGAUCAGCGGCGGGAGCACUGCGAUACCUGCAGGUUCAGACCCCAAAAGUGAACCCAAAAGUCUUCUUUGCCUUGCAAGUUGCCGGAGAAGACAUCGGUCGGCUGGUUUUUGAGUUGGAAGCGCAGGUGGUGCCUAAAACGUGCGAGAACUUCAGGGCCCUAUGCACAGGGGAAUAUGGCAUGGGUUACAAAGGAAGCACGUUCCACCGGAUUAUUCCUGGCUUUAUGGCUCAAGGAGGGGACUUCACGAAAGGUGACGGACGAGGCGGGGAGAGUAUCUUUGGAAGGACAUUUGCAGACGAGAACUUCAAGCUGAGCCACUCUGGUCCGGGGUUGCUGUCAAUGGCCAACGCCGGUCCGAACACCAACGGCUCUCAGUUUUUCAUUACCUUCAGGGAGACCCCGAGGUUGGACGGGAAGCAUGUUGUCUUCGGACAAGUGAUUGAGGGGCUCGAUAUCCUUCCAAUUGCGGACAAUUGUGACCAGCUGUGCGACAGCCGAGCGAUAGUUCGUCGAUCAGCCUGAUUCGCCGGCCGCCGAUCGUCGAGGCUUACGCGGCCGGGCUUAGCGCGAGCGCGCCGCGUCCAGGGUUCUGGUCAGGUUUCGAUUUGGCAAACUUCCAUCGGACGGUCACCAGUUUUCAUCGAUCUUCUAUUCGACGGAUUCGAUGGGCGGCCGUCUCGUGCUUGGGUAUCAGCAGGCAGUUGUCGUAACAAGUGCUCGCGCGCACACGUUUGCUCAAUCUGUUGCAACCCUCCAAUUUUUGCACGCCCGUUGGAGCUAGCUCCGUCACCUACCUAGCUUCCUGAGUCCAAAGCAGCAUUGCCAGCCUGUUGACAGUCUACAUGUCUUUCUUAGAUUUUCCAUUUGCAAUGUCACUCACCACCUGCAACAAGCUCCGAUAUGUUG